CGUCACUAAGUCAUGUGGGGACUUUGUCAGCCAAUCAAUAGUAACUGUUUAUAAGGAGGGACAAAAUGGCGACCGCCAUGGUUGAUACUGAUCGAAGUGUUAGUUCAGUUAGUAGUCUCAAUCAAAGUCCUAAAAUCAUGUCCACGGAUGUAGUGAAUACUGAAACUAAGCUCGGGGAGAGCGUGCUGUCUCCUGUGUUCCUCAAAGAGUUGGAGAGUUACUACACCAAGGCUGAUGUUAGAGAUAAAGCCCGGUGUCUGGAGCUGAUCACGUCUGUAACAUUGGGAGAAGAGCUCAAGAAACAAGUUCGACAAGCGAAUAAGAGACCCAUGACAGCCAUGCCAGCAUUCAAUUGUAAAAGCUCUGCUAUUAAACCAUACCAGACGUCAUAUGAUAGAGACUACCCACCAAAACUGGAGCAAAGUGUUUGGGCUUUGAGGCCCAUGACAUCACAAGGCUAUGCUACAACUGUACCCAAGUCUCAACCACCAGGACCCACCACAUAUGAUGUGGAAUUUUGCAGAAAGUACCAGAAGCCUGCUACUCCUGAAAGAAUUGGCACAGCAUCAGGCAACAGAAGGAACAAUCCUCACCCUUCUCAGGCAUUCAUGGUUUGGAGGUUUCCUCGAAACAGUCAAUACAACCCUGAGACGGCAGAGAAAAUAUCAGAAGAACUGACCAAUGAGAGGCUGAACCAAAUCACAAAGAGGCUGUGCCAGUCUGUUUACCAAUCUGACUAUCUGGGAAUUCCUCAAGGUUUUCAGGUAAAGUCUGCUUUCAAUACAGCCCCAGAUUGGAGGGAUAGUGUCCCCUAUGGAAUGGAGUCCAAUCAACGAGAGUCCUACCAGCAACCAUUCCAGCAGCGUGAGCUACAAGUCCCUGUGACUCGAUACGGAAGCAAUGCACAGAAAAACAUCCCAGCAGUCACUGUCAUUCCAACAGCUAACAAACAUUUGAUUGGUGUGAACGGACGUACCACAUAUGACAGGCAUUACAAUGACAAUGCUGGUCCAGUGGUGGAGCAGAUCAGAGAUGUGGGAAAGAAGCUUGGACAUGAAGCUUUAAAGAAAUAUUAUCAGACAAGUUCUGGUGAAGACAAAGAGUUAAUUGGGAAACUAAUGGAAGAAUUCAACAUCACCCCUCCACCUGCUCGACCAGGCAGCAGACCUCUGUGUCCCUCACCACCAGCAAGAAGUCCCUCCAAAAUAUUGACUGCUUCGCCAUCUUUGUGUCAGACAGCUCUACAAACUCCAGGCGACACUCCGGCAUUAAACAGAUCAGCACUUCUAUCUAAAACUGGAAACAGGAAGUCAGCCCAAACUGUCAGACUGACCCCAACCAUGACUCAUGUGAAGGAAACAUCUCACUCGUCUAGUCCUAACGGUCAUCAGAGACACUUGGUACCAGCAGCCACACCUAUUUUAAUUCCCCACUAUCCAAUGCAUUACCCUUCAAUGCCAACAUCACCCAUUUCUGUGCCCUUUUCACCCCCAAUGGCUCUAUCUUAAUUUUAGUUAAAAUUUUACUUUCAAUUAAUGUUUUAGUCAGUUUGUUUUAGUUUUAGAUUUCAUAAGUCCUUAUAUGUAUCAAGUAGUUUUUAUUAAUAUAAAUAUUAAAUCUUUUUUAAGAAAUAUUUUCUAACAAAGAUUACCAGAAUAUUAAAAACACAUUCAUUAGUCAUGUAGUGCUACAUAAGUAAACAGACAGAAGUCAUUUUGUGAUCAUCUAUAUAUGCUUUUGUUUUAAUCCCAAAAGAAGCUUAGGUAAGAUAAUGUAAAUGGUCAACUGUCUCUCUGGCUAUGGUUUAUGAAGGUAUCAUGUGGCCAGCUCAUUUACCAACUGCCUUUAUUUUUCCAAUAAUAGUGUCUGGUAUUCAUUAGAGCUGGGUGGACUUGAGGGCGCCCUAAAGAUCCAAAAAUAAAAUACCCAGUCUUCACCAGAGUUCCAAUCCUUUCAUAUAUAUUCAUGGAAAUGUAUUUUCCUUGUAAUUUGUUUCGUUUAUCUUUGAAAAUACUUUUACAGGGAUACAUUACGUACCUGUUUAAUAGGAUUGGAUUAUUAAAGAUCUAUUGAUUAGAACUAAAAGUGGAAGAGUCCUUGAAAUCUAUAACAUGGGACUAGUUUGUCUUCUUGAACUCUUGCAGUCUUUCAGUCUGUCUGGCACGUUGGCUCAGUGGUAAAGCACUAGGGUCAGAAACCAAGAAGUCUUGGGAUUUUUUAUUUCAUUAUCUUUAAAGUUCUGCUAAUUCCACUGAGCUCUGAUGGGUACUGUUGCCUGAAAUUAGUUUCAGAAAAGUAAAGGCAGUUGGUCAUUGUGCUGGCCACAUGGCAUCCUGUCAGAGAAACAUAUGACCUUUACAUUAUCUGACCUAUAGACCAGAAGGUCUGAAAGGGGAACUAGGUGCUUUGAUUUUCUGAUAGUUUAAUCACUAUGGGGAUUCUCUCGGUUAUACUUAUAGAUUGAACUCAACAAAGCUCAAGUAAGUUUGUUGAUGUCACUCUUCACACAAUUAGAAAUAUGAAAGAAUUGUUUCAUCUACAUGUGUUUGACAUGUUUUUAAAAUUACUUUAAAGUUUAAAAGUUAAUUACAUCCUAGUCCAAACAUCCUGUGGGACUGGGGGGGGGGGUAGAGGCGUUGACAGCGGUUCAAACUGAGACAACUCUCCAGAGUGCUUUUCACACAACCAUGGCAGGAAGCUAUUCUCUACUACACAUUCAUUACACAAAAAUAGAUCAAACAUCUCAAGUUAGGUGUAACAAUAAAAAAUGAGUAUAUCAAUGUAUUAAAAAUGUUUUUUUUUUUUUGGUUUCUAAUUAUGUAUUAAACACUUUUCAUUUUCCUAUAUUCUUUCAAAUAAAUUUUUAACAUCGGAAGCUAAAUCGGGGAAAUAGUGGCUGAAUAGUAAGGUCCUUGGCUUCCAAACUGAGAGGUCCCAGGUUUGAAUCUUGGUGAAGACUGGGAUUUAAAAUUCAGUCUUUUUAGAAAGCUCCAAGUCAAACUAAGUAAAAUGGGUUACUGCUGAGGUGGGUAAAGAAAGGGUGGCUGGCCACAUGAAACCCUUGUUAACCAUAAGCCUCAUAGAUCAAAAGGUCUGUAAUGGAUACUUUUAAAAAAAUGUAUAAGAUAAAUUUACUUGUACACUUCUAUUAUAUAAUAACUACAUGUUUUUUUAUUGUAACUUUUUAAGUUGAAUCUAUUUGUACACUUCUAUUAUUGUCAAUUAGGUUUAAAACUGGUAUGUACAUGUCUAUUUAUAUCAACUCAAUUCCUCUAACACUUGUUCUGGUCUAGUCUUGCACAUAGAAUUUCUUUUCAAUUGAAUAAAAUUUUACAAAUAUA